UUCAACAUGCCUCCGAGGAACACGAGACUGUCUGCGCUCGUCCUGCUCAUCUCCUCGCUGCUUCUCAGCCCCUGCGGGACAGACAUUUGUGACAGCCCACUGGUGUCCAACCUGCCCCAUUGGUCAUUCCGGAGCUCUUCCCAGCUGUCCAGUAGCCACGGGCCAGUCUACGCUAAGGUCAACAGGAGAGAAGGAGCUGGAGGUUGGUCUCCUUUCAUCUCAGACAGACACCAAUGGCUGGAGGUGGACCUGGGUAAGAGGACCCUAAUCGCAGCUGCCGCCACGCAGGGACGUUACGGCAGCUCUGAUUGGCUGACGGCCUACCUGUUGAUGUUUAGCGACACGGGACACAACUGGAGACAGCACCGUCAAGAAGACACGUUUGGGGCUGUUCCGGGUAACAGUAAUGCCGACACCGUUGUCCAGUACAAACUCCACGAGCCGGUGGUUGCUCGCUUUCUUCGCCUCAUUCCGCUGGCCUGGAACCCGACUGGGAGGAUUGGACUUAGACUAGAAAUAUACGGCUGUCACUAUGCUUCUGAUGUUGCAAACUUUGAUGGCAGCAGCAGCAGCGUGCUGUACAGGCUGAACGCGAGGCCCAGCCCCAUGGCCAUUUCUUUGAAUCUGAAAACCCUGAAGAAUUGUGGGCUGGUGUUCCACGCGGAGGGGAAGGGAGAUCACAGCCUCACUCUGGCACUGGAAAAUGGCCAGCUGCAGCUCUUUCAACAACAAGGUAUGAGCUCAUCCUCUGGUGGUGAUCUUUUGGUGACAAUGGGAAGUCUACUUGAUGACCAACACUGGCACCAUGUAAAGCUAGAACGGAUUGGUAACUACCUCAAACUCUCUGUGGAUAAAAACACACAGCAGGUUGUCGUACCAGCUGAGCUCAGUCACUGGAACAUUCGCUGGUUGAGUGUCGGAGCUAUGCAUAGCCUAGCACAAAGGAGUCAUCUCUACGACAAACACUUCCACGGCUGUAUGGAAAACCUGUCUUACAAUGACCUCAACCUGAUAGAUAUUGCUAAACACAACAACCCCCAAGUCACUGUUGUGGGCAAUGUGACUUUUUCUUGUGCCGAGCCAGUUUCAGUAGCUGUGACAUUCAGCCACUCCCAGAGCUUCCUGCAGAUGCUGGGACACACAACAGGGUCGUCGGGUCCUGUCGUUAUAAGUCUACAGUUCCGGACUUGGAACGAGGAAGGACUACUGCUCACCUUUAACCUUCCGCGGCAGCACAGAAGUCUCUGGCUGCACCUGAGUGAAGCUCGACUCUGCCUGCAGAUCAAUGACACUGGAGGGGCUCUUUUGCAGCUCAGCACAGGCUCAGGACUGAACGAUGGUCAGUGGCAUUCAGUGCAGCUGAGUUGCAGACAAGAUCAUCUGAGCGUCACAGUGGACAAAGAUGAAGAAGCCACAGCCAACACUGCAGACAUCCCACAUUCUGAGGGCCCAUUUUUCUUUGGGGGCUGUCCUCCGCUGGGUGGGAAUCACAAUUGCAAGAACCCCUUCAGAACCUUCCAGGGAUGUAUGCGCCUCUUGACUCUGGAUGAGCAACAUGUGGACUUCCUCAGUUUGCAGCAAAGACGGAUGGGAAAUUAUAGCCACUUGCAGGUUGACAUGUGCGACAUUAUUGACAGGUGCUCCCCCAGUCUCUGUGAACAUGGAGGGAAAUGUACUCAAUCAUGGAGCGCCUUCCAUUGUAAAUGCUCCGACACGGGCUACAGAGGGGCCACCUGCCACAGCUCAAAAUACGAACAGUCAUGUGAGGCAUACAAACAUAAAGGCAUCCCGUCGGGGCAUCAUUACGUGGAUGUGGACGGCAGUGGACCGAUCAAACCUCAGCUCAUAUAUUGUAACAUGACAGACAAGGCAUGGAUGGUGAUCGACCACAAUAACACAGAGCUGACUGCACUGGAUUCAUCCUCCGCGGGAAGACAACAUUCAGUCCAAUUCCGCUACGCUUCGGAAGAGGAACAGUUAGCAGCGGUCCUCAGCCAAUCAGAGCACUGCGAGCAGGAGCUGUAUUACCAUUGUCGGAAGCCCCGCCUCCACAGCAAACCAGACAGUGCAUCGCUCAGCAGGUGGAUUGGAGGUCAAGGUCCUGGACUGGUCCAGAACCACUGGGAUGGAGCUCUGCAGCACAGUGAACUGUGUUCUUGUGGCCUUCACAACAACUGUCUGAGUUCAAAUAUCCAGUGCAACUGCGACACAGGCAACAACCAAUGGACUAAGUAUUCAGGUCUCCUAACCCUUAAGGAGACUCUCCCAGUCCGGUCUCUGGUCCUGGGCGGCAUACAGCCAGGGUUAGAGUCUGCCUACAAAGUGGGACCUCUACGUUGUCAUGGAGACAAAGGUUUUUGGAACGCCGCACUGUUUGACAAGGAGACAUCCUACCUCCACUUCCCCACCUUCCACGGGGAGCUGAAUGCAGACAUCUCCUUCCUCUUUAAAACCACGUCCUCGUCCGGGGUCUUCCUGGAAAAUCUGGGCAUCAAAGAUUUUAUCCGAAUUGAACUGAGCUCUCCAUUUGAGGUCCUCUUCUCUUUCGACGUGGGCAAUGGCCCGCUGGAGGUCAGCGUGAAAACCGCCGCGGCCCUCAACGACAACCGCUGGCACGCCGUCCGAGCCGAGCGCAACGUAAAGGAGGCGUCGCUCCACGUGGACGACCUCCCUGCCGCCGCGCAGGAGGCGCCGUCCGACGGCCAGAUCCAUCUGCAGCUCAACAGCCAGCUGUUUGUAGGCGGCACAGCAUCCAGACAAAAGGGCUUUUUGGGAUGUAUCCGCUCUCUGCAGCUAAACGGCGUCGUUCUCGACCUGGAGGAAAGGGCCAGGAUCACCCCGGGGGUCCAGCCCGGAUGUCCGGGCCACUGCAGCAGCUACCGGUUCCUCUGUCAAAACCAUGGUCGGUGCGUGGAGGAGCACAGCGGUUUCUCUUGCGACUGUCGUCGGUCGUCCUACACCGGAGCCUUCUGCCACGAAGAGGUCUCAGCCAACUUUAAGUCGACCACAUCCAUAAGAUAUACCCUCAAGGAGCACGAUGAGCCGAGUUCAAACCACAGUGCCUUGCCCUCAUCCAUCUUCUCUGACAUGACGUCGAAAGGAGAAAACGUCACCCUGAAAUUCAGGACCAGGCAGAGCCCCGCUCUGCUGCUCUUUGUCCACUCCUUCCACCGGGAAUACCUCGCCCUGCUCAUCAACGAACAUGGUGCACUGGAGCUGAGGUACAAGUUGCACAGCAGCAGAGAUGCAGAAGUGCUUGGAAGCAGUGUCAGGAACCUGGCAGACGGACGCCUGCACUCAGCGGCCAUCAGGAGGCGAGCAGAGUACGUCUCCAUCCAGGUUGACGAGAAUCCCAAAGAGAGCUUCAUCUUGACAUCUGAUGAGGACUUGGACAGCAUCAAAGUGAUUCUAGUGGGUGGAGCACACGAUGCUGACAUGGCUGACACGGAGCUGUCAAGAUUGGCCUCCCUUGGCUUCACCGGUUGUCUAUCAGCGGUUGACUUCAACUCCAUCAGUCCGCUGAAAGCAGCUCUUCUCCAGCCUGACAGCCGUGUGACCGUCACUGGUGUGCUGACACGGUCCAGCUGUGGCUCUCCCUUCCUUGCUGAUCCGCAAUCAUCACAAACAACACAUUCUUUACCAGAAACACCCGCCUCGCUGGAUCCCAGUCAACCACUGGUCAACACCGUGGGGACUGACUCGGCUCUAAUUGGAGGGGUGAUCGCGUUGGUGGUUUUCGUCACGUUGUCAGUGUUGGCCGUCAUCGCCAGAAUCGCCUGCAGCCGACGUGAGACUUACCCACACCCGGACAUGAAAGCAGCACAGCCUGACAUCACCGAUGCUCACCUAAGCGAAGAGACGGUAUACCAGAGUGCAGCUCACCAAAAGGAGUUUUUCAUAUAGACACGGACCUCGUGACAAAAAGUGCUCCUCGACUCUACUGUUGUGGGCUCUAACGAGACAUGUUGCAGCCGAGUGCUCGUUCAUCUUGAUCUGUAAAUAUUCUGUGCUUUGCACAAACGACGACGAGUAGGAAGAGAUCAAUUAGAGUGGAAUGUCAAACUGUCGGAGUGGAUCUUUAUAAAAUAUAAAUAAUUGGA